GGCUCGCGCGCAUUUUCGGGUUGCUAGCGGCGCGCUGGGAAGACCCCUGGGGGCGCUGUGUUGCCGUCUUCUGGUCCGGCUUCCUGUGCUGCACUCAUGGAUCGUUGCUUCCCUUACCGCCCUGGUACCCCGUCGCCUGUCAGUCCCUGACUUUCGCUCUGGGAGGUUUUCCCAGGCGCCCGCAGGGGCUGUGUCGAGUGUGACCACCCUCCAAAGGUCCCUGAGGGAGUCUUCGCAUCUCCCAAGUGGACUUGGCAUACUACCUAUUCAAGGAAAGUGAGUGAGCACGUCUGACUGACAGUUCAAAAAUUGCAGUACAGGUUCGACUGAGGAUGAAUGUGAUUUGGAGAAAUUACAUUUGCUGCCUAAGACUAGGGAAGGUGCCACACAGAUGCCACAGUGGUUCCCACCCAGUGGCCCCUCUGGGAUCAAGGAUUUUAACUGACCCAGCGAAAGUUUUUGAGCACAAUAUGUGGGAUCACAUGCAGUGGUCUAAAGAAGAAGAAGCAGCAGCCAGAAAAAAAGUAGAAGAAAAUUCAGCUGUGCAAGUCAUUCCAGAAGAGCAAGAUAAGUAUGAAAGUGAAGCUAGUAAAUACUGGGAUGUAUUUUACAAGAUUCAUAAGAAUAAGUUUUUCAAGAAUCGUAAUUGGCUAUUAAGGGAAUUUCCUGAAAUUCUUCCAGUUGAUCUGAAAACUAAAGAGAAUGCAGGAGAAUUAUCAUGGGAUCAUGUAAAAACUAAUGCUGCAAAUUGUUGCUCAAAAAUGAUAGAAGAAAAAGACCAUUUUAAGAGUUUUGGCUCAUCAGAUGGUCAAAGGAAAGCAGGAUCUGAUUUUUCCAACCUAGACUCUAAAAAACUUGGAAAAGGACCCCUGAAGACUGAAUUGUUUCCUGGAAGCAGGGCCACUUUCAGAAUAUUAGAGGUUGGCUGCGGUGCUGGAAAUAGUGUUUUUCCAAUACUGAACACCUUGCAAAACACUCCAGAAUCCUUUCUUUAUUGUUGUGAUUUUGCCUCUGGAGCUGUGGAACUUGUAAAGUCACACUCAUCCUACAGAGCAGCCCAGUGUUCUGCUUUUGUUCAUGAUGUGUGCGAUGAUGGUUUACCCUACCCUUUUCCAGAUGGGAUCCUGGAUGUCAUUCUCCUUGUCUUUGUGCUCUCUUCUAUUCAUCCUGGCAGGAUGCAAGGUGUUGUCAACCGGCUGUCGAAGUUACUGAAACCUGGGGGAAUGCUCUUGUUUCGGGACUAUGGGAGAUAUGAUAAUACGCAGCUUCGUUUUAAAAAGGGGCAUUGUUUAUCUGAAAAUUUUUAUGUUCGAGGAGAUGGUACCAGAGCAUAUUUCUUUACAAAAGGGGAAGUCCACCGUUUGUUCUGCAAGGCCGGGUUAGAUGAAAAGCAAAAUCUGGUUGAUCGUCGCUUACAAGUUAAUAGGAAAAAACAAGUGAAAAUGCACCGUGUGUGGGUUCAAGGAAAAUUCCAGAAACCAUUGCACCCAACUCAGAAUAACUCCAAAUUGGUAUUUUCACUCCUUUCUCAUGACUGAACGAUGUGCUGUGAUGAAGUACAAAGCCAGAGGAAUACACUAUUCAAAGGCUCCUGCAAAUCUUUCAUUUCCCAAAAGACAUGGUUGAGCUCUUUGUGCAUUUGAAGCACAUUUAAGUGAUCUGGAAGAAUGUACCAUUUUCUGUGUUUUCAAAACUUGAUACCACAAGCUUGUUUGGGUUUAUUACAUCUAACAAUUUUGCUUUUUCCCUGAGUUUUAAAAGUAUUCAAUUAAAUUACUAAAAUAAAUCAGAUAAUUUUGAGAAACUAUAACCUGCCAUUUAUUUAAGUAGAAAGAUCAUUUUCCCUAUUUGUACAUUAGGCUUAGUAAAGCAUUUUUCCCAAACAGUCCAACCCUCCUCCAUUGUCAUCUCUUAGCAUGCCACGAUUCUAGGGAAAGCUACAAAUCCAAGAUCAAGGUAUGUUAUUUUUGAUUUUUGCCCCCCACCCCAAAGCUUUUAUUUGUUUGGUUUGGUUUGGG